AUGGGCUACACAAUCAAGCAGAAGAUCGACAUAUGCUGGAAAGCAGAGUCCAAUCCCCAAAUGACCCAGGCCGACUUGGCACUCUGGGCCCUGAAAGAGUACGGAUCGAAAAAGCCUCCCUCACAAACGACAAUCUCACGUAUUUUGAGCUCCAAAAACGAGCUUCUAGCAUCAAAAGAGACAGAGUUCAAGUUGGUGCGAAGACGCAAGCAGUCCAACCCUUUGCUACGGCGAAUAUUGACCGAGUGGAUUACCCAAGCAACAUGGGAGAAUAUACCUAUCACGACUCCUGUGAUUCAACUGACUGCCAAUGCCAUCUGGACACGAUUGCCCACAAAGGAAAAAGAUGGUAAUGGUAUUUUCAACCAAAAAUGGUGCAAUCACUUCUUGCGAGGAUUGAACAUAAACUUGACGGGAACACCUGAUGACCACGCACAAAACCCGGGGAAAUAUCCUCUCAAUAAGGUGUGGAAAUUAGAAGAUAAAGUCGAGUUAAAGUCGUACCUCAAACAGCUCAUACACACAGAGGGGUACUCUCCACAGGAUAUUUUUACGAUUGAUGAGUUCCAACUUUUCUACUCUCUUCCAUUGGAUCAAAUCUUUGAUGUCUCUUCGAUAGACAAGGGCUUAAAGCAGAACAGCUCAACUUCAGCGAGUUCUUUAACCAUCAUGUUGGGAUGCAAUAUUGACGGAUCCGAAAAACUCACUCCUCUUAUAGUUGGAAAUUAUGACAAAUUCGAAGUUUCCAAAAGUUCCAAUAGCUCUCUCAAAAAUAUUUCAUUGGAAACCAUCAGCCAACACACUCUAAUGAACAAAAUUACAGAGACAUAUCACCUAUCCUAUAAAUCGAACACCAACAAGUGGAUCACAUCCAGCAUGUUUCAAAACUACUUGUUAACGUUAGAGCACAAGCUCACCAACGUAUCUCCAAACAGAAAGAUUCUUAUCAUUUUGGAUGAUUCUUCGUCCCAUCGGACAAUCAACAUUAAAUUCAGCAAUAUCAGACUAUGCUUCUUGAAGAACAAUACAAACCACAAAAACCCAUACCAUUCGUCUUAUAAUGGGAUCAAAUUCGAUUAUUUGCCCAUGAACUUUGGAAUAGUGGAGGAGUUCAAAAUAUUAUAUAGAAUUCAACAAUACUUGGAAAUGAUCAACCUUCAAAGAAGAAAAUCACGGCGAUUGAAUGAUAAAGAAGAAUUGCUUGAAUGUGAGCUAUCCAACGAUGAUCAUCCUGCAGACUUCAAUUUGGAAUACUUGAGGAAUGAAUCAAGUUCGACUGCCAUGGAAGUCUUAUCUGAAUCAGAUUACACCAUACCAUUGAUCAAGGUUAUUGAGUGGAUCAAAAGAGCUUGGGAUAGCUUAUCUUCCGAGAAAAUCUUUAUUUCUUGGAGAAAAACCAAUUUGAUAGAGUUGGGCCCAAGACCAGGUCUGCAGUUUGCUCUUACAUUGCCACAGCCAUAUCUCCAUCCUUCCUUGACACCGAUCGCUUCCAGAUGUGCCACGUACGAGACAAACAAGUCAUACAACACGUUGGCAAAUAUAAUGUCCCAUCUAAAUGUGGUUAUUCCCUGGGAAAUUGAAGACUUACUAGGACUUGUCAAUGAAAGGGCUAAAAUCACCUUGAUAUAUGCCUCUAUAGAGGAGAUCAUUGGGAGUUGUUUAUCGGAU